AUGUCUGAUAGCACGUUCUCUUAUCUCAACGCCAUGAUAUACAGAAUAACUCUUCACCUAAACUUGGACUUCAGGAUUGCGAUUAUUCCAGCUAUUUUAGAAAGCGCUAUGAUUUAUUUCAUGGAUGCGACAAUCCUACUUAAUACCAGCAAUAUAGUACCUCCCAUUCCUCAAUUUACCAUCGUAGACUCUUAA